ACAACCCUCCUGACACAACGUGACGUUAUCAUUUCCAGGCGACGUGGGGGUGCUCAAUCGAAGCGUACUUUGGAGGAGCAGUUUCUUUGAUUUUUAUUUAAUAUUUGUCAGAAAUGGAAGGAGAUAUAUGUAAUAUUUUUGGUAUAUUUGUAUUGUAUGAAUCAUUACCUUUAUUUUGAUAUAUGACUGUUUUUACACCGGUCAGGGUCUUUAAACACACAUCAGCCGGAGCCGGAUAUGAGUCGACCGCCCUCUACGAACGUACGUACCGGUACUCUUAUUAUGAUUAGCUUCGGCGUCAUCAUUACCAUUGAAGCCUUUUUACUUUAGUUUAACUUUUAUGGAAGAUAAUACUGGCCAGAAUAAUAAAAGAAAUUACUUAACAGGUGUUAUUGGAAGGAGAAGCGUGCCAUUGUCGUUGCCUUGGAUAAUUUUACCGGUGAACAGUCAUGGGAGGUUCUCACAGCGUUUUCACUGAGGCGGAGCUAGACGACUAUCAAGAGUUGACAUUUUUUAGCAAAAAGGAAAUCCUCCAUGUACACAAAAGAUUUCAUCUGUUAGACCCAGAAGCUGUAAGGAGAGACAAAAAUGCAUGUCUUCCAAUGGACAAAAUCCUUGAGCUACCAGAAUUAAAGGUAAACCCUUUCAAGGAUCGUAUUUGCAAGGUAUUCUCCUCUGAUGAUGAUGGUUCCCUGACAUUUGAAGACUUUCUCGACAUGAUGUCCGUUUUCAGCGACUCUGCCCCCAAGAGCAUGAAAGCAGAAUAUGCGUUUAGAAUUUAUGACUUUGAUGAGGAUGAUUUUAUCAGCAGUGCAGACAUUCGUGAGAUGGUGAACCGACUAACCGGUGAGCAACAGAUCACUGAUGAUGACAUGCAACAUCUCAUCAAUAAUAUCUUUGAUGAAGCUGAUCUAGAUGACGAUGAUGCUUUGUCUUUUGCAGAGUUUGAGCAUGUCAUCUCCAAGGCCCCUGACUUCAUGAACACUUUCCGCAUCCGCCUGUAAGAGUCUGUAAUGAGCUUCCUCUUUCCUGGCCUCACCCUCAGUUUCACCAACCUGGUAACCAGAAAAGAUCCUAAAAACGAUAAAUACUCAAUAAAUGUUAUUCUUUCCUGCAAACUGAUACCUUGUCGUACAGUGCAAGGUGAUUUUUUUUUUUAAAACAGUUGUCACGGAUGUAGUUAAGGCAGGCCGUGAGGUCACAUUUUUUUCUGGCCUUGGCCUACGUCGGGCAGAGUCACAUGGUACAGUACAAGGUCUAUUGGAGAAGGUUUUCUCCAGCUGCCUCGUGAUUAGGAAGUGCCAAGCUUGACUUCAUCCGUGACUGUUACAUAUCUAUGUGGCAAAAUAUAAUUACAUGCACAAUUCUUCUUACUGUACAUACAUGUAUGAUGUGAUGGUCAAAAGUAUUGGGUAAAAAUUCAUGAAUGCUUGGUUGGCAAGUCCCUUUUGGAUUUAAUGCAAAGGUAAUCGAGUGUAGCCUUCAGAUCUUAAGAUUUACCAAAACUCGAUAAAUAGUUUUAUUUUCAUGGAGAUAUAACAGUGACUAAAGCUAUCUUGUAUUCAUCCCGUCUGAAUGGUCUUUUAGGACCUAUGACUGGACGUACAGACGUGACAGCGUCUUCCGUUUGGGUUCAUUCGCACUUCCACUUGAGGCACGAUCUGGACCUGUUAUAAUGCUUGGCAAUUAAUCUUGAGGCAGAAUUUAUUAUUGAAUGCAUUGAUUUUUGUGUAUGAUCAACUAUAAAGAUCAGCCCCAUGAUCAGUUGCAAAGCUUCAUGUUACCUGGCCUUGGUGUGUUUGCGUGUGUGUACAUCCAUUAACAAGAAUUUCAAUGUGCCUGAUUUUUUACUGCGCACCUGUUCGGUGUCGCAUUUAAGAAUUUAUGUCUUUCAUAUUUGAGCAAUCUAUUUGUACAUAUGUUAUAAAUAUAAUGAAUUAAUUGAAAUCUAUGAAAGUAAUAAUUAACACUGAAUUUAUAGAUGUAGUGUUAGUAAUGCAGUGUCACAAUCGACCAGUCUCCUUCGUUUCUGGCAAAAAAUGUCCCAUCAAUAGACCAUUGAAUGAUUUUCAAAAUUCAAAUUCUGUUCUUAAUUAAUUUUACUUAUUUUUUACUUCCUGUAAAAAUUCCUGUAAAAAAACAAUAAAAUUAUUAAAGAGGAAUUGCCUCAUUGGAAUUGAAUAUUCUUGUUUUUAAGACAGUUUGUGUCUUGAAUGCAUUUACUUCAUUGCGAAUGCUUCAGGAGAGAAUACUAAAUACAGGGGCAUUUUAAAUUUGGUAUGUUUUGAAAGUGCUACAUGAACUUUUAAAAUUCAUAAUAUGAAUUUAUAUUGCACAUCUUACAAGGGCAUGUGUCCUCAAUAUGUCAUUCUAAGAAAACAUGAUUUUAAAAAAGAUUAGAUAAUUCCCCAUUGAUCAAUUUGCUUGAGAUAUUUACUCGGGCUAGGGUCUACGGAAAGUGUAUCAUCCCAAAAUCAAAUUUUGUGGAAUAUUGACAAGGCUAAUGAAGUGAGACCAAUGAAAUUUUCACCAAAGUUGCUGAUUAGAAAAUGUGAUUAUAAAAUGCUGAUUAUAAAAAGUCUGAACACUAAAACAGAAUUUUUUUUUUUUUAUGGAAUUGAUUUAGAAUUCUAUCAGAGGGAGUAAGGGAUGUUUCUCUCUCUCUCUCUCUCUCACUCUCUUGGGGGGAGUCAUGGUUUAUAUCUAUACAUUGUAAGGAAACGCAAUGUAAAAAGGGGUGAUUUGUGUUAUAGUAGCAAAGUUAAUGAUUUUUUGUUGUAAAUAACUCUUAAUAAUAUAUAUGAAUUCUAUUUUAAUUUAAUCAAUUUCCCUAUCCGUGUCUAAUUUCCAUUUUGUUGUAAAUAUAAACUCACAAUAUUGAGACUUAUUUGGGGCAAAAAGCAAGCAUCUUCACGAUCAAAUCUAUAAAUUUUCAAAUUUAUUGAAUUCAGUGUAGACAAAUUUGAAGUGGAAAAAAUAUUAUAUUUCAUCAUGGGCUUUCCAUGCCAUACAUGUAUGUUUCACAGGACUUUGUAAUUGAAGUAAUGUUAAAUGAAGAAAAAAAAAGUUUAUUUACAUGUACAACCAAGUUUGAUUUGCUGUGCAUCUUUAAUUUUGUUUUCUCUCUAUUUAUAUCAGGACUUGACAUUUCAUGUAAACUUGGAUGGAUUUUCUGUUUUCUCAAUUUUAUUUUCAGGUAUUUUAUUAAAGUUUAUUGGUAAUUGAUCUGGUUGUAUAUUCUUAAUUUUCCAAAUAUUAAAAGCAGUUUAUUAAACAAAAAGUCCUUCAUGCAUUUUGCUUAUGUUGACUUAUCACGUUUCAUCGUUCAUUGGCAUGUAUACUACGUAUACGGUAUAUCCCAGAAAAUUAGUAAACCAUUAUCAGAGAGGGAUUUCACGAACAUUAAAUAUUUAUGUUUGUUUGUUUUUUCAUUAUGAA